AUGGAUACAAACACGAAUUAUGUGAUGGAUACCAUAUCGCACAGCCCUAGUGCAUUCAUUUUUGGGGCAUGUUGUGUGUUUUAUCUUGUGGCUUAUCCCAUUAUCAAGUACUAUCAGGAUCCGAAAGGUCUUCGGAAGUACCCCAAUAUGACCUUAUUUUCCGGGAUCUCAGAUAUUCCAUUCAUGAUUUUGGCCCACACAGGCGCCAGAUCGAGAGAGCUUAUUAAGAUUCACAAGAAGCGCCCCGUCCUACGCACUGGUCCGAAUACUUUGUCUUAUACGGAUCCUCGUGCGAUCAAAGAUAUCUAUGGACAUGGUACCAAAUGCACCAAGGACGGCUCUUAUGUAGUCGGCGCAGGCUCCCAUUACCACCUUGCAGAUGUCGUCGACAAGAGCGACCAUGCAAGGAAGCGCAAGGUUCUGUCGUCUGCAUAUGCUUUGAAAAACCUCGAAGGCUGGGAGCACAAGGUCGCCGACAAGACUGCUCGAGCCAUCCGGCACUUUGACAAGUGCUGCACAGCCCCGUUAGCCAGCAAUAGAGCCAUUCCUGCCAAGGAGGACGUCAAUUUGGACUAUCGGAAGUGGAUGAACUUUUUCACGUUAGACGCCAUUGCAGAUAUCGGACUCUCCGAGAAGCUCGGCUUCCUCGAUAGGGGCAGUGACGAAGUCAUGGGCCGCAAGACAGAUGGUACCCGCUAUGAAUGCAACCUCCGAGAGUGUCUGUAUGCCAGCAACCGGAAACAGUCACUCUUACUAUGGUCAUAUGAUUACUACAAAGUCAUCGACAAGCUCGCUAACCUAAUCCCAUUCUAUGGCAGAUUGGGCAAGUUGGGCGCGAAAUGGGACGGCGUUCCUCUCGAUCUUUCAUACCGUCGCCUCGAGCGAUAUCGCGCCGGGGAGAAGCUUGACGACUUCUUCCAAGCUCUUAUGGAAGACAAGAACGGCAAUCCCAAUAACCUUGAAAUGGGUGAAAUUGUUGCGGAAGUGAGCAUCAUGAUGAAUGCCGGUAGUGUGACUACAGCGGUUGCAAUGACAAACAUUAUUUAUCAGCUGUUGAAAAAUCCCGAAAUCAAGAAGAAGCUUGUUGAAGAACUUGAUGCGGCCCUGGAUGACGAAAACGAGGAUGAGGAUGAUGAUGCUAGCGAAGAUCCAUUCGCCGCAGUUGUUUCAUAUGACCGUGUGAAGCAUCUUCCAUAUAUGCGAGCAUGCCUGGAUGAGUCUCUGCGGUUGUUCCCGCCUACUCCUCAUAAUCUUGGAAGACAAACCCCACCAGAAGGAGCAAAUAUUCUGGGUGAUUACAUACCCGGUGGUGUUUCAGUUGGCAUGACUGCCUUGGCAGUGCACUGGAACGAAGAAGUUUUCCCAGAACCGCACAAAUUUAUCCCGGAGCGCUGGCUUGGGGAAGAAGGCAAAAACAACCAGCCGUACUUCCUUGCUUUCUCGGCCGGUGCUCGGGGCUGCAUAGGCCGGAACAUUUCUUACCUGGAACAAGCUGUUGUUCUAGCUUCUGUGCUCCGUAGGUAUGAAUUCGCGUUGCCUCAUCCUGGCUGGGAGAUUGAACGACGUGAGGGCAUGAAUUGGCUGCUUGGCGACAUGCCUGUCAAAAUUUGGCGACGACAGAGAGUUACGGCUUAG